AUGGAUGCUAUGACCCUUGUACAACAUUAUGGAAAGCUAGAUAUCUUCCUUACAAUGACCUGCAAUCCAUCUUGGCCUGAAAUAAAGAACCAUUUGCUUGACACAGAUGAAGCUCAGAAUCGGCCUGAUUUGAUAACACGGAUAUUUCGUGCAAAAAUAGAGCAAUUGAAAGAAGAUCUUUUCAAGAAACAUCUUUUUGGUCAUGUUGCUGCUUACACUUAUGUUAUCGAAUUCCAAAAAAGAGGUUUCCUACAUGCUCAUUUUCUGAUCAUCUUAAAGGAACAAUCAAAGAUGUUCUCGCCAGAAGAAUACGACAAAAUUGUUUGUGCAGAGCUUCCUGAUAGACACAAGGCACCAUACUUAUAUUCUUUGGUUAUAAAGCACAUGCUUCAUGGACCAUGUGGAUCAAUGAAUCCAAGUAAUCCUUGUAUGAAACAGAAUCACAAGUGCAAAAAUAACUAUCCGAAAGAUUUUUCAGAGUACACAAAGCAUGAAAAAAAUUCAUAUCCUAUAUACAGAAGACGGGAUGAUGGCAGCAAGAUCUAUAUCAAAGAACAUGAGUUAGAUAAUCGAUGGAUUGUCCCUUACAAUCCAUAUCUUCUUGCAAAAUAUGACUGUCACAUCAAUGUUGAAAUAUAUUCUGCCAUCGAAGCUGUAAAGUACAUCUACAAAUAUAUAUACAAGGGCCAUGAUAGGGUGAUGUACCAGUUGACAGCUGAGCAAGCAAAUCAAAUCAUUGAUGAGAUAAAAAAUUUUCAAUCCACAAGAUGGGUAUGUGCACCUGAACCUAUCUGGAGGAUAUAUGCUUUUGAUCUCAGUGUUAUCAAUCCAUCGGUUAUUUUGCUUCAUUUACAUCUUGAAAACUACCAAUCAAUGUACUUUGACGAGAAUCGUCCAUUGACAGAUAUAAUUACAGACGACAGGCUUUCACGAACAAUGCUAAUAGAAUUCUUUGCAAUGAAUCGGACAAAUGAACAUGCAGAAAGCCUUAAUCUUCUGUACAAAGAGUUCCCUCAGCAUUUUGUCUGGGAUGCAGAUGAUAGAAUAUGGUACACUAGAAAGAAAGGACAGGUCAUUGGGCAAAGCCUGAAUCUUCUGUACAAAGAGUUCCCUCAGCAUUUUGUCUGGGAUGCAGAUGAUAGAAUAUGGUACACUAGAAAGAAAGGACAGGUCAUUGGGCGUGUUAUAACAGCACAUCCGAUUGAAGGAGAGAGGCAGCUAUUUGCAGUCAUCUUGGUCCAUUGUUCACCAGCCGAUCUACAACAUCUUUGGUCAAGAUUUCGACCAUUCUUAUCAGAAGACAUUACAGCAGACUCUUCUCUAUCAGAAAAUGAAAUUAUCAUGAAAGUCCUUGCUUUGAUUGAUCAAUAUUUACAGAUAAUGGGAAAAAGUAUAAAGGAUUAUGGUUUCUCAGACUUUAUUCCAGAUUCUCGCUCUAUCAGUCUUACAAAAGAAAUACAAGCUGAAGCUGACAUACCUGUCUCCAAAGAAGAUUUAGCAGCAGUCUCUAUGUUCAAUCCUGGAUAG